AUGUCUAUGGUAGCCGUUACACCCUUUGUAGAAGGCGGUGUUCAUCCCCUCCAGUUGACGAGAGCGCUUGAGAAAGUCGCAGCAAUGCCCCAGCACCGGCCCGAUGAGAAGGAAGAUGACACUGCACUCCUAUCAGAAGGAUAUACAGAGUCCCAAGAAGAAAAAGGGAAAGAGAAAGAUUCUGGCUACGUUCCGCCUUGGUCGACGGAGACCCCGAAAGUCCCAGUCAUCUUCCCGGGUGAUGAUUCCGAAGAUAUGACUCUAGAAUACAGACAAUUCUUCCGCAACCUCGCAAUGAAGGAAUCAAUCAGAAUGCUCCUGCCCAAGUAUGGGCCAAACGACGGAAGAUACGAAGGAAAGCCUGAACAACCCAAGCCGUCAGGUCCGCUAAAAUUAUCCAAAGAACUCAGUGACCAGCUAGGAGAAAGUAUGAAGAGAAUGGGGAUACUUGAUCAUCCGGAGCUGCUGGCUUCGGACUCGAGCGAUGAAAGCACCGCUUCGAAGAAACGCACGCCGUCGUCAAUGCUGCCCCAUGGAAAGUCAUCUCGGAAGAAAGAUCGCCAGCGAAAUGCGAAUGACGCCAAUGUCAACAUUGACAUCCGACUGAGCCUUGACCAUGCCUUUUCCGCGCUGGUGCAAGGCGCGAAGCAAGGAGCCGAUGAUAGUUCCAAACCCGUGAAGAGCAAAGCCGUUUUUAAUGUGCACGAGUAUAUUGGCCCUCCGAAAAUGGGAGGCCUCGUUGCAACCGUUGGUGUUGCUGCUGCCGCUUUUGGGUUUUCUUUGGGGGCUAUUUUUUGUCGUUUUGCUUGA